UUUUUCUACAGGAUUAUUAUUUUGGCCCAAACGAAAAAGAAGAACUAACAAAAGCCGUGUCAAAAUAUUUUCAUUUUUAUUUUCCCUCUCUGCCUGGUUUAUGCUAGAAUUACAUGGCCGAUCGUGGAGAACUCACUUUGAUUUGUCUCUCUUCCUCGUCUGAUGAAGAAGAAGAAGAAACUGAAAUGGAAGUCGAUCGUGGAAAACGUACUUUGAUUUGUCUCUCUUCCUCUUCUGAUGAAGAAGAAGAUACUGAAAUCGAAGCCGAUCAUGGAAAACGUACUUUGAUUUGUCUCUCUUCCUCGUCUGAUGAAGAAGAAGAAGAAACUGAAAUGGAGGAAGACGACGACGACGAAGAUGAGAAAUAUGAAGAAAUCGACGAGGAAGAUCGUAGGGAUUCGAAUUACAGUGGUGGUGGGAGCGAUUGUAAUGAUGAUGGUGAUAGAGAGAUGGAGGAUGACGAUGAUUGUGAUGAUGGCCAUGAUGCCGGGGAUGACGAUGAAUCUAUUUGCCACAGAGUCAUAUGCCUUCUCAAAGAUGGGAGUGACUUAGAAGUUUUAAAUCUUAAAGAGUGCAAAGUGUAUUUACGGAAGCAUGGUCUUAGGUUAUCAGAGCCAAAGGAAGUGUGUAUACAGAGAAUUAAGGAGCAUUGGAGGUUAAAAGAUAGAAAUGGUGAAGUCCUUUAUCCUAGAUCAUCCUUCGUCAUCAAUUGCACAGGUGAUGCCUGCAAGGGAGAUGUUGUGUUGUUCACUCAGUUUCAUAAAGUGACUAGGCAUGGGGGGCUUUUAGGGAAAAGAACUAUAGCUGGGAGGGUUGUUAACGAAAGCUAUGGUGGAGCCAAACAACAACAUACAUUUACAGUUGAAGUGCUGUGGAGCAAGAGCAAGGGACUUGGAACAUUGCCUCCCCUUUUUCCUUUACUUGUGAAGGGUCGUAACCUUUACAGAUUCAAAACUUACAGACAGCGUUGGGACGAUGAAGCUGAAAGACUCAAAGUGCUUUCUGAGAAGCACAAACGGGGUGCAGAAGCAAGACAUAAAAGAGCAAUGAAGAGAACCAGGAUGAGGCCUUAUUCAAAAGGAGCCAAGAGACAGAAAUAUUCUAAUCAUACAGUACCGACCACAAAGGGAAAGGCAAUUGAAACUAGAAAGACUAAACAUUUAAGUAUGCUUGGAAAAGCUAUACCACAACAUCAUCAAAGAUCAAGACAACUGAACUUCAAAAGAGCCCCAAGAUCAUACGCCACCAAUUUUUCUGGGAGAAGUCAGAGAUUCAAACAUCACAACAUAAAUGAUCGUCCAACUUUUCAGCCAUAUUUUAGAUGUCCCAAGCCUCACCAAUCUCAGAUGAGGUUCUAUGACGGCAGGGCACCAUUUUACUUUUCUAGUCAUGACAUGGCCUCCAAUUCAACUAUGAUGAGAUUGCCACCUUUAAGGUCUGAUGCAGAUCCAUUGCCCACUUUAUUCUAUAAUUUGUACAAUGGAAAUCAUUCUCGUCAUGCAGGCAAGUUUAGGAUGGGACUGCAUCCGAAAGUAGUGGGAAAAUUCGCCACCACUAAGACUACAUCUUAUAGAGAGGUUAUGGAGUGCGCACGGAUGACAGAAAAGAGCAACAUGGACACAAAGAAAUAUUAUGCAGCGACUAGGCCACAAAAGAGGGGUGAAUCUUCUUCCUCUAGAUCUGGAGGAGAAAAGAAGAGGAAGACGGCUCAGAGUUCAGAACAGAUGCCUGAGCAGAGGAUUGAUAGGAGGCCUGAUCGGAGGGACGAUCGGGAUUAUCGAGCAUGUGGCUGUAGGGGUAAGGGAUUUUGGAGAGGAGAUAGAGAUAGGAAUCCUAGACAGCCAAUAGUGGCGUGUUUCAACUGCGGUCAACUGGGACAUCGCUCCAAUGAGUGCAUUGAUUGGAAUCGCGGCGUGUGUUUCUGGUGUGGUCAGCUAGGGCAUCAACUUAAGGAUUGUCUGGUUAGGAGAGGUUUUGGACAUCAGGCACAACAGGAGCAGCAUACCCUAUUACCAGCUCUACAACAGCAGAGAGCGCUACAUCUUGCGAUUGUGGGACGUAUGCAUGCACUACAUGCGCCAGCGCCACCAGUUCAGCAGCACGGCGCACCAGGCAGAGUUUUUGUUUUGGGUUAUGAGGCAGCUCCCGCGGAUCAGCAGGGCAUCGGAGGUGAGUUCGUAGAGGACUACCAGCGGCGUGAGCGUGAUAUGCCAUGGAUAUUUCAAUUUUGGGGUUAUUUUAGUAGUUUUGCAGACCCUUCCAACACGGGUCGUUACAUACUUAGCCGUUGCCGUCUCUCAGCAAUUGGUUACCAUCUCUGUGGGGCGAAAUUUUCAGUCUUUCAGCUUGUGGUAUGGUAAGCAUUAAAAGGUCAUGUGCGC